AUUGUUAUCAGUCGUGCCUAUCGUAAGUUUCCGAUGCACAGCUGUGCAAUAGUGCAACUGACGAAAUGGUGAUCGUUUUAGCUGUCUGUUUGUUGGUGAACUUUGUGGCCGGUUUUACGGAAGACGUGUCGCCAUGUUUAGGGGACAAACCGUACCUGCCUCAUCCGACGGACUGUGGCCGCUAUCUCACCUGCAUUGGAACGAAAGCCAUCGAACAGCAUUGCCCUCGCGGUUCGGAAUGGGACACGGUGGAGUCUACGUGCAUUAUCCCCAUGGUGCCAACGUGCAUCAGGAAAGAAACGUUGGCUUUAGUACCGGGCCCACUAGUAAGCAAAUGUCCUCCUCAGCUAACCCGUUGUCCUGUGCAUGCAAAUCCGGCCGAGGAGGUGAUCUUCAUACCGCACAGUGAUUGUCAUAAGUUCUACGCCUGUGUGUCAACCGUUCCGGUUGAGCUCAGCUGUCCGAAACGGCUCUACUGGAACCAUGAGUCAUGCCAGUGUGACUAUGAACAUGCGGCCAGUACGCAGUGUGUUGUGGGGAAGCCAAAGCCAACGGUAGGGUUACCCGCUUACAGUCGUGUUCGCCGCUCGGACGAGGAUGGUACGACGACGGAGCCGGAGGUAUCUGGUGCAACCAUUCGGGGAGUGUCCUCGGUUUUGGUGCUGAUUUUUACGGUGCUGUUAAAUAUAUGA